CUCUCCUAUAAAUUUUCGUCAGCGAGAGGCCCAGAGCAGCACUGCGCCCAAUUCUCAACCUAGGGUUUUAAGCCCGAGGCACCGAUUUAUCUUCAUUCUCUUGCGCAUUUGAAUGAAUUCGAUAUCCUUUCUGCAAUUCGUUGCAGAUUGGAGCUCCUCUCCGGCUAUCAGACAUUGCCAAUGGAAAUGCAGUCACCAAAGGUCCAUUCUCUCCCCUCCACCACUGCCGGCAGAUCGGAGUCUCCGGAUGAUUCCACGAAUGCAAAACUGCAAGAAGCAACAUCAACUCUUUCACAAAUUUCAAAGGUUAUUGACUCGGUGAAGAAGAAAGUUGAUGCUGAUCGUUGUGUUUAUAUCAUGAAAAGAAUGAAAGAGAACCGGAUUAAACUGGCUGAAAUUACUAAAAAUCAUCACAAGUUGUCUGUAGAAAGAAGAAACCUUAGGAUUAUAAAUGGAGAUAACAUCAUCAAUUUAUUGGAAAAGAGACAGAAAGAUGCAAUUGAUAUGCAAGAUGGUGUUGACAUCAGCUCUGAAGAAGAUGAACAUGUUUCUGUUGUUCUCCUUGGAUCCGGGAUUCCAGUCAAGAAUUCUGUUAGGCCCAUCAAUCUUCCAGAAAUGGAGAAACUUCCUCCAUAUACCACAUGGGUUUUCAUGGAUAGAAAUAGAAGAAUGACAGAAGAUCAAUCUGUAGUGGGUAGAAGGAGAAUUUAUUAUGACAGAAAUGGAGGUGAAGCUUUAAUCUGCAGUGACAGUGAGGAAGAAGUUAUUGAUGAUGAAGAGGACAAGAAAGAGUUUGUUGAAUCUGAAGAUAACAUCAUCCGAAUGACUAUCGAACAACUUGGAUCAUCUGAUACUGUCUUGGAGUUACUGGCUCAACGUUUGUCUAGAAAACCCUGCAAAGUGAAGGCAAGAUAUGAAGCUCUUGUUAGUAGAGAGAAUGUGAGAGAAAGCUCUAAAUAUGAGGAUACAGACUUCAAUUUGAAUUCAUUUCUUGAUAAAGAUCUUGAAGCAGCUCAGGAUUCAUUAGACAACCUAUUUUGUCGCAGAUGCCUUGAGCUUAUAUUUCCUGCUGAAAAGAAUUGUACAUGGAACAUUAAAGAUGACGAAAAUGUCCCAUGUGGCCCACAUUGUUAUCUCAAGGUCAAAAGUACCCCCAAUCAUGGGUCAAAAGAUACAGAUUUUCCAUCUAAUUCACAUCAAGAUUAUAAAUACUGGCGAACUAUUGAAAAAUCUCUUUUUGAAAAGGGUCUGGAGAUUUUUGGUAGAAACAGCUGUCUGAUAGCUAGGAAUCUUUUGUGUGGCCUAAAGACAUGUACAGAGGUUUUUAAUGUCCUCAAGUGUUACAACAAUAACUUAUCUUCUCAAGUGAACAAUAUCACAAAUUCUCAAAGUGACAGCUGCAAGGUUGAAAGUAAUAACAAUAUGAUAAAAAGAUCAAGAUUGUUACGUAGAAGAGGUAGAAUCCGGCGUUUCAAGUACACGUGGAAGUCAGGUGGGACCCAUUCAAUGAGGAAACGUAUUUCAGAUAAACAAGAUUUGCCAUGUCGUCAGUAUAAUCCAUGCGGGUGUCAAUCUACAUGUGGCAACAACUGUUCUUGCCUUGCAAAUGAGACCACUUGUGAAAAAUACUGCGGUUGCCCGAAAACUUGCAAAAAUCGUUUUCGGGGAUGCCAUUGUGCGAAAAACCAAUGUAGAAGUCGUCAGUGCCCGUGUUUUGCUGCUAAUAGAGAAUGUGAUCCAGAUGUAUGCCGACAUUGCUGGAUCAGUUGUGGUGAUGGAAGUCUUGGCACCCCUAGCAAAAAAGGUGAUAAUUACGAAUGCAGGAACAUGAAGCUUCUACUCAAACAACAACAAAGGGUUUUGCUAGGAAGAUCAGACGUGUCGGGCUGGGGUGCUUUCUUAAGGAAUAGUGUAGCUAAACAUGAAUAUUUGGGUGAAUACACGGGAGAAUUAAUCUCACAUCAUGAAGCUGACAAACGUGGAAAAAUAUAUGAUCGUGAAAAUUCUUCGUUUCUCUUCAACCUUAAUGAUCAAUAUGUUCUUGAUGCUUUCCGUAAGGGUGACAAAUUGAAGUUUGCCAAUCAUUCUCCAAAUCCAAAUUGUUACGCAAAGGUAAUUAUGGUGGAUGGAGAUCAUAGGGUGGGUAUAUUUGCUAAGGAAAAAAUAUGGGCCGGGGAAGAGGUGUUUUAUGACUAUCAUUAUGCUCCGGACCAGACUCCAGCCUGGGCAAAGAAGCCCGGGGAGUCUGGUCCGAAGAGAGAAGACAUGGCUAGUUCUAGUGGUCGGGCCAAGAAGCGUGCUUGAGUUCUAUAUAGUUUUCUUGUUACUAUGUUUAUAACAAAUAUAUCGGUUUUUGUUUUGGAAAAUUAUAUAUUAAUAUAAUAAUGAUCGGAAAAUGUGA